GAUUGUUAAUGUUAGUAGCUCACAUGGUACGAAAAUGAAAUUUUGCAGGAAAGUUUUGCAAGAAAGGAGUAGAAGUACCUCAGAUUCAUUCUAUUUCCGGAUUUAUAUACUUGUGUUGGGUGUUUAUGCUGCUUUACGCCUAGUUUUUGCAAUUUUGCUGAAGUUGCCCGCAUGUCAUGCCUUGUCUGAAGUGUCUGAUCAGUCAUUUUUUCAAUUUUUCAAGUGGAUUUAUCAGGAGCGAUACUUUGUAGGCCGUGGUCUUUAUGAAAGGACCAGUGAUUAUAUAAGGUAUGUGUUCUACUGGUUGGUGAUCUUUGGGUGCAAAUUCUCAUUUGCCUACUUUCUCAUGAUUCAACCCCUGGUGGAUCCCACCAAUACUAUUGCGAACCUUCCAGCACUGCCAUACUCAUGGCAUGAUUUGUUCUCAAAGAACAAUAAUAACAUCCUGACCAUAGUUAGCCUUUGGGCUCCUGUUGUGGCUAUAUAUCUCAUGGACAUUCACAUAUUUUACACUAUCUUAUCUGCGGUUGUUGGUGGUGUAACUGGUGCAAGGGCUCGGUUAGGCGAGUGGCCACUCUUAGGUGAGGCGACCACUUUGGCGACGAACAGAAGCUCUAGGGAGGCGAUCACUCCAGCGAUGAACAGCAACUCCAGGGAGGUGACCACUCCGACGACGAAUAGCAGCUCCAGGGAGAGUUCCCAAGAUACCAACACGACACUUGCAGCCAUCUUUUCACCAUUUUGGAAUGAGAUAAUCAAAAGCUUGAGAGAGGAAGAUUACAUUAGCAAUAGGGAGAUGGACUUGCUUUCUAUGCCUAGCAAUGCUGGAAGCCUGAGAUUAGUUCAAUGGCCGUUGUUUCUUCUCAGCAGUAAGAUCUUGUUGGCUAUUGAUUUAGCUCUGGAUUGCAAAGAUACACAAUCUGAUCUUUGGAGUAGAAUAUGCAGGGAUGAGUAUAUGGCAUAUGCUGUUAAGGAGUGCUACUAUAGCGCUGAAAAAAUUUUGCUUUCCUUGGUUGAUGGAGAAGGGAGACUUUGGGUUGAAAGGAUUUUUCGUGAGAUCAACAGUAGUAUAUUGGAGAAUUCACUUGUAAUAACCUUAACUCUUAAGAAGCUGCCAGCGGUUCUUCAAAAAUUUACAGCAUUGACCGGGCUCCUGAUGCGGGAUGAUCCUGAACUUGCAAAAGGUGCUGCCAAAGCCACAUAUGAGCUGUAUGAGGUUGUUACACAUGAUCUGCUGUCAUCGGAUUUGAGAGAGCAGCUUGAUACCUGGCAUAUAUUGGCACGAGCAAGAAAUGAAGGGCGCCUAUUUUCUAGGAUCGAAUGGCCUAAAGAUCCUGAAAUUAAGGAGCAGGUGAAACGGUUGCACCUAUUUCUGACUGUGAAGGAUUCUGCAGCAAAUAUUCCAAAGAAUCUUGAAGCGAGAAGAAGAUUAGAGUUUUUCUCAAAUUCGUUAUUUAUGGACAUGCCUCCAGCAAGGCCAGUUUUUGAAAUGAUGCCAUUCAGUGUCUUCACUCCAUACUACAGCGAGACUGUACUUUAUAGUUCCUCCGAGUUGGUGGCUGAAAAUGAAGAUGGAAUAUCUAUUAUUUUCUAUCUGCAAAAAAUUUUUCCAGAUGAAUGGGCAAAUCUUUUGGAACGAAUCGGUCGACCUGAUGCUGGGGAAGUUGAACUUCAAGAAAACCCUACUGAUUCGUUGGAGCUCCGGUUUUGGGCAUCUUAUCGAGGCCAAACUCUAGCUAGGACUGAGGAUGAGUAUUCUCAAAUGAAUUGCCUCACCACACAAGGUUUUGAGUUGUCACAUGAAGCCAGGGCUCAAGCUGAUUUAAAGUUUACUUAUGUGGUUUCAUGCCAAAUAUAUGGCCAACAAAAACAACAGAAGCGGCCUGAGGCAGCUGAUAUUGCUCUUUUGUUGCAAAGGAAUGAAGCACUUCGAGUCGCUUUCAUUCAUGUGGAAGAGAGUGGUGCAGCAGAUGGGAAGGUUGCCAAGCAAUUUUAUUCAAAGCUUGUUAAAGCUGAUGUCCAUGGGAAGGAUCAGGAAAUAUAUUCCAUUAAACUUCCUGGAGAUCCAAAACUGGGAGAAGGGAAGCCUGAAAACCAGAACCAUGCUAUAGUCUUCACUCGAGGGGAAGCUGUUCAAACCAUCGACAUGAAUCAGAUUAGAGUAGAGAAUGGUGGCAGUGCCCUUCAUCUGAAAGAACUGGAUAACUACCUAGAGGAGGCAAUGAAAAUGAGAAAUCUUCUUGAUGAAUUUCGAGGAAAUCAUGGCCUUCGAUCUCCGACUAUUCUUGGUGUAAGAGAACACGUGUUUACGGGAAGUGUUUCUUCCUUAGCGUGGUUUAUGUCCAAUCAAGAGACUAGUUUUGUGACAUUGGGCCAACGUGUUUUGGCAAAACCUCUCAAGAACUGCGUUGGCCAAGAAGGGUGGGCCAAAUCUAGGAGCGUUUCAUGGAUCUUGUGGUGGUUAUUGCAUAGAGCUUCUUUCCCUUUUGGUUGGAAGGAAAUAUCUUCCUUGUUUACAUUUGGUUUUCUUUUGGUUCAUGGAGACCAGGCAAAUAUGUGA